AUGGCAUUCAAUAUUGCUGGAAAAAUAUGCAUCCUUUAUUUGUUGGUUCUGGAUCGAACACAAUAUUGGAAGACAAACAUUCUUACGUCUCUGCUAAUCCCGUACAUCUUCUUCAGUUUUCCCUCGCUACUGUUCAACAUCUUCAUAGGAGAGAUUGGGAAAUGGAUUGCUUUCGAUGCGGUUGUGUUGCGCCUUUUCCUCCCACGACAUUUCCCAAAUUGGCUGGAACUUCAAGGCGCUUUGAUUCUAUUGAUGGUGGUGGCUCCUAGUUUACUUGCAGACACUGUAAGGGACGACUGGAUUGGCGUGGCAAUAUGUCUUGCCAUUGCAUGUUAUUUGCUGCAAGAACACAUCCGGGCAUCUGGCGGUUUCAGAAAUUCCUUCACAAAAGCCAAUGGCAUAUCAAACACGGUUGGUAUAAUCCUUCUGUUGGUCUAUCCUGUCUGGACACUGGUACUUGACUUCAUAUAGCCACACACUCAGAAGAUAAGCUGUUAUCAUUUGCACCAGUAUAAACGCCAAUAGAAAAAUUGUGCUUUAUUCUGUUGAAGGGGAUUAGCAUAAUUUUUUUUUG